AAUGUCCGAUUUAAAAUCAUCUCUUACUUUGAAAGAAUUUAAACCCCGGAAAACCCUGUGUUGUUUACUGUGACGUCAUAUCCUGUUUCAAGCUAACCUAGCUAUCAGGAAAUAAUUUGAUUUGGCGAACAAUCCGACUAAACGUGUCAUUUAGAGCCCGGGGGACUCGGCUUCUUCUGCUGGACGUAAAACUGCUGAAAAUCCUGAACUCCGACCUCGUUACUGAAGCAGAUGGCCUCGAACAAUGACCCGUUUGAGUUCCGAGAGUUUGAAGACGAAGGGAAUCUGUUGGACACCAACAGGGAUGCCACCACCAUAAACAUUGAGGAUGUGAAGAGACAAACGAAAGCUGCUGGUUUUGAUCCCGACGCGGACGAUGAAUAUCCAGCUCGUUCUGACGACAGGGAAGAGCUUCUCUCUGGACAAAAGAAAAGUGCUCCUUUCUGGACAUUUGAAUAUUAUCAGAAGUUCUUCGACAUCGAGACUCAUCAUGUGAAGGAGAGGAUCCUCGGAUCGCUGCUGCCGUGGCCCAGAAAGAACUUCAUUCAGUUUUACCUCCGGAAAAAUCCUGAUGUCUAUGGACCGUUCUGGAUCUGCACCACUCUCGUCUUUGCCGUUUUCAUCAGCGGGAACAUUUCCAACUUCAUGAAUGGGAAAUAUAACCCACAGUUUCGUAAAGUCACCAUAGCUGCCACCAUGAUCUUCAGCUACGCCUGGUUUGUUCCUCUGGCGCUCUGGGGGUUCUUGCUGUGGAGAAACAACAAGAUCCUGAACUUGGUGUCGUACUCGUUCAUGGAGAUCGUGUGUGUGUACGGGUACUCUCUGUCGGUCUACAUCCCGGCUGUGGUCCUGUGCAUCGUCCCGCUGGAGUGGCUGAAGUGGGUCACCAUGGUGGUGGCGUUCGGCCUCUCGGGCUCAGUCCUGGUCAUGACCUUCUGGCCUGCUCUAAAGGAGGACCACCCCAGAGUUGCCAUGGCGACUGUGUCAGCCAUCGUGUUGCUGGAUGUCCUGCUGGCUGUGGUCUGUAAGAUGUAUUUCUUUAGCACGCCGCAGCCGUCAGGAGCGCCUGUUGCUCCUCCCACAGCCGGCCAGCUUAAGGCAAACACAUCUUCUUCAUGAAGGCUUCACAGAAAAAAUCUGGUUCUUCCGUUGCUUUAUUGGAGAGAAUCGGGUUUCUGCGCUGGUGAAGUCAUGGGACGGCUGGAUUUCACGGCACUCGGAUGUGCCGCCCAAGACUGUUCAAAAGCCCUCGUUGUGCAGCAACGUGACUUCUGGAAACCGAGUGUGUCUUUCUAAUGGGAUGGGUUGUAAACAUGCUGCAGGUGAAGUGGGAUUGGGUGUCAAAGUGCACGAAAUCUUUAUAAAGGUGGAGUUUUAAGAUGUUCAUGUUCUCCGGUUUAGUUUUAUAAAUGACCAGUUGGAGCAUAAAUGGGGCGAUGGCAAUUUAUAUUUACCUUUUUAUGUAUUCCUAUUAUAGAGGCUAAUGCGUUUAAACGUGUGAUUUUAUGAAGAGUUGUUGGGAUUGUGUUGUGAAGGUGUUUCUGACUGAAAAGUGCCCUGAAUGAAGCCACAUUCCUGCCUUUCUACAGCAAUACUUCAAGUAUUCUCUGGUCUUUGUCAUAAAAACAUCCACGCAGAAAUGAAACGUGUGGAAGUUUGUUUAUGGAAUUGGUGGUUUUUGUGCAGAAUAAAGAUGCUCGUGUUAAAUAAUGA